AUGGACUUAUCUGCAGUUCAGCCAAUCGAGAUUACUAAACCCCAGUUCCUCACUCCUGAAUAUGCUACAAGAUGGGACUCCAUUGACAAAAGGAAAAUAUUGAGUGAAAGAUUUCUGGAUGUUGAGAGAUUCAAAGCACAAUGCCAACUGAUACCAAUCUUUGAGAAAAUCAAACUGAUGAGGUCUGUGAUAAAUCUGAAGGAAUACCCCCCUAUGGCAAUCAAGGAAUUCUAUGCCAAUCUUAUGCCAACAAUCAAGGAUACAAAUUCAGCACAAUGUGGUCGAGUGUGGCUAAGAAACAAGUAUUACAAUUUCACAAUUGGUACAAUUAAUUCUUAUCUUGGCAUAGAUGCAGAUGACCUUGAGGAUCCAGAUAUUGGAGUAAACGUGCUGACAAAGGUGAUCACUGGUGGCACAGUAAGCUACUGGCCAACAGAGACAAACAUGCUGCCUGCAAAGUCUCUCACAACCAAAUUUGCCAUACUCCAUAAGAUUGCCAUGACUAACUGGAUGCCCAACGAGCACAUGGGUGAACUCAGCCUUCUAAUGGCAACCUUGAUUUACAAAAUUGGAAAAGGAAUACUAGUUGAUCUUGGGCAUAUUAUCUUCAAACAAGUUGUUAGUUUUAGGGAUCCUACUGCAAAAGAAAGCAAAGUAAAGCUACCAUUCCCCUGCACCAUCUAUGGCAUACUGCGUGCUCAAACUUUCAGACCCAAUACUGGAAAAAUGAUGGAGAAGCCCAAGGCCAGACUGAUUGAUGCUAGACUUAACCAAAGCCUACAUGUUCUUGACAUUCACCCUGAACAUGGAAGUAGCUCUACACAGCCCUUAUCUAUUAAAGGCUCCAGGACAAGCCAGAUGACCUCUCAAUUUCUAGACAAAAGCAUUCAGGAUCUGAACACUAUCAUCCAGAUUCUGGAAGAAUUAGCUAUUGCCCAAGCUGCCAUGAUUGAAACUGCUGAAGGGUACACUCCAACUACUACUGCUGUUGCUGAAAACAUUGGGACCUGCCAAGAGGCUGUGUCUUCAAAAUCGGAAUGA